AGCUCGAGAAGUGUUGUGCGCUAGCUGAGCAUGGCAGCGAAGGUAAUGAUAAAGAGGGCUGCUCCAGCAGAACUCAAGUCCAUUUUUUUGAAGUACGCCAGUGUGGAGAAGAAUGGAGAGUACUACAUGUCCCCAGAGGACUUUGCGUCCAGGUUCAUUCAUGCACAAACAGACAUAAAGCUUUCUAAGGAGGCCACUGUUUUACUGGCAGGUGUUGUGGACCAGACCAAAGAUGGGUUGAUCUCCUUCCAGGAGUUUCUGGCUUUUGAGGCAGUGCUGUGUGCUCCGGAUGCUCUCUUCAUGGUUGCCUUCCAGCUCUUCGACAAAGCUGGAAACGGAAUUGCCACUUUUGAGGAUGUGAAACAAGUUUUAGGUCAGACCACUAUUCACCAGCACAUCCCUUUUAACUGGAACUCGGAAUUUGUUCAGCUUCACUUUGGCGCUGAGAGGAAGAAACACCUUAACUACGGGGAGUUCACUCAGUUUCUGCUGGAGAUGCAGCUUGAACAUGCCAGACAGGCUUUUAUGCAAAGAGACAAGGCCAAGACAGGCACCAUCACCGCUCUGGACUUCAGGGACAUCAUGGUGACCAUCAGACCCCACAUGCUCACACAAUUUGUGGAGGAAUGCUUAGUUGCAGCGGCCGGUGGAAGUACGUCACAUCAGGUCAGCUUUUCCUACUUCAAUGGCUUCAACUCUCUGCUAAACAACAUGGAGCUCAUUAGGAAGAUCUACACCACCCUGGCAGGCAACCGCAAAGAUGUGGAAGUUACUAAAGAGGAGUUCAUCAUUGCCGCCCAAAGGUUUGGCCAGGUGACCCCUAUGGAAGUGGACAUCCUGUUCCAGCUGGCUGACCUGUCUGAGCCGAGAGGACGUGUUGGUUUAUUUGACAUUGAGAUGAUUGCACCUCUGGAGGAGGGAGCUCUUCCUUACAAUCUUGCUGAGAUUCAAAGACAGCAGUCUGGUGGGGAUGCAUCUCGCUCAGUUCUGCUUCAGGCCGCUGAGUCGGCGUACAGGUUCACUCUGGGCUCCAUGGCUGGAGCCUUGGGUGCCACUGCCGUGUACCCCAUCGACCUGGUGAAGACCCGCAUGCAGAACCAACGUUCUUCAGGUUCCUUCGUGGACGAGCUGAUGUACAAGAACAGCAUUGACUGUUUCAAGAAGGUCGUACGCUACGAGGGCUUCUUCGGCCUCUACAGAGGCCUUGUACCACAGCUUCUGGGCGUGGCUCCCGAGAAAGCCAUAAAGCUUACAGUGAACGACUUUGUGAGAGGAAAGACUAUGAAAAAAGAUGGCAGCGUUCCUAUACCUGCUGAAAUCUUGGCUGGCGGAUGUGCUGGGGGAUCUCAGGUGAUCUUCACAAACCCUCUGGAGAUCGUGAAGAUCCGACUGCAGGUAGCAGGAGAAAUCACCACAGGGCCACGCGUCAGCGCUCUCUCUGUCAUCCGUGACCUGGGUUUCUUCGGCCUGUACAAGGGUGCAAAAGCUUGUUUCCUGAGAGACAUCCCCUUCUCGGCCAUCUACUUUCCCUGCUACGCACAUACCAAGGCGGCCCUGACUGAUGAAGACGGGCGAGUGGGACCUGGCAGGCUUUUGCUGGCAGGGGCGCUGGGGGGCAUGCCUGCCGCAUCCCUGGUGACCCCUGCUGAUGUUAUCAAGACCCGGUUACAAGUGGCUGCCCGUGCAGGCCAGACCACGUACAAUGGACUCAUUGACUGUUUCUGGAAGAUUCUUCGGGAGGAGGGGCCUCGUGCCUUCUGGAAAGGAGCUGAAGCACGCGUGUUUUGCUCCUCACCUCAGUUUGGAGUGACUCUAGUGACCUAUGAGCUCCUGCAGAGGUGGUUCUACAUAGACUUUGGUGGACAAAAACCAGCUGGUGCAGAGCCUACUCCCAAGUCUCGGAUCAGCCUCCCGGCGCCCAAUCCUGACCACAUCGGUGGCUUCAGGUUGGCUGUGGCCACGUUUGCUGGCAUCGAGAGUAAAUUUGGACUGCAUCUACCACGAUUCCGAGCGCCUGCCGCCCCACAUGUUUGAAGCAAACGCAUCCACUUCAGCAGCACUGGAACAAACACACAUAUGAAUCUCUUCCUUCUUGUUGAGAGCAUAAAACCUUCAGCAGAUGAACUGGAAAUAAUGUUUUAUGUGAUUGUUAGUGCAAAUGACAACUUUAAAGUACAACAUUAGAUGGGAUGAUGUUUAAUAUUUUUUUAAUCUACCACAAAGUCUUGGAUUCUUCAGUGGGAUUGUA